GGAAGCAGAAAGUCUGGUUCCAGUAGAUCGACACUAGGGACAAGGAGACAUUACGAGGCCCAGCAGUCGGAUAACACUCCAUUUUAAAAAGGAGAGCGGAGAGCCGAGAGCCAGGCUUCAUUGAGGUUCAAAAUGUUCUUCGUCGCAGUUUUUGUCCUUUUAGGGACAGUACUGACGGCAAACGGAGAAACACACUCCCUGUCAUACAUCUACACGGCCUUUUCCAAACCUGUGGGACUCUCAGGCAUUCAUGAGUUCACUGCCAUGGGCCUGCUGGACGGCAGGAUGAUUGAUUACUACGACAGUAAGGAAGAGAAAAAAAUUCCAAAACAAGUCUGGAUGGAAGAGCAUCUUGAUGCCGAAUAUUGGACGAAAGGCACGCAGUCCAGACGGAGCAAACAGCAGUGGUUUAAGGUCAACAUCGACAUCCUGAUGAAGCGAAUGAGACAGAAUGACACUGAUACCCAUGUUCUUCAGUGGAUGCAUGGCUGUGAAGGUGAAGUUAAUCCUGACAAUACGCUGAAGUUUGUCCGUGGCGUGGACAUGUACAAUUAUGAUGGAAAUGACUUCUUGUCCUUUGACGAUUCAAACCAAGUUUGGGUCGCUCCCGUCGAUGCUGCACUUGAGACUAAGAGGAAGUGGGAUGACGUUCCGGUCCUUAAAGAAUAUACCAAAGGCUACCUGGAGAAUGAGUGUUUGGAAUGGCUGGGAAAGUUUAGGACUUAUGGACAAAAGCAGCUAACGAACGCAUCUGCACCUGAUGUUUUCCUGUUUGCAAAGAAAGCCAAAGAGGAAGCGAAUAUAGUUUUGACGUGCCUGGCCACAGGUUUCUAUCCUAAAGACAUCGUCCUGCAGAUCAGAAGGAAUGGUCGUGUCCUCAUUAAAGAGGACGGAGUGAAGACCACUGGAGUUCGUCCAAAUGAAGACGACACCUUUCAGAGAAAAGACAGUGUGGAGAUUCUGAAGUCUGACAUGUCUGAUUACACCUGUGAAGUCAUUCAUAAAGCCUCCAAUCUGAGUGUUGAGAGGAAGUGGGAUCACGUUGUUGAAGGCAGUGGUGGAAUGGGAGCCAUUAUUGGUGCUGUAGGUGUAGUUGUGCUGCUUGUGAUUGCUGCUGUUGUGGGACUGGUGGUUUUCUUAAAGAAACGAGGUUCUAGCACUGCCAAAGGGUCCAAACCUGCCAGCAAUGGUAAUGCUAACGGUGUAGCUCAACCUCUCCUCGCUGGAACUCCUUCACCACCUUCUUCUCUCCUGACUGUAACUCCUUCACCACCUUCUUCUGUCUUGACUGGAACUCCUUCACCUCCUUCUUCUGUCUCGAAAACACAUUCCCUGAUUUACAUCUACACGGCCUUCUCCAAACCUGUGGGACUUCCAGGCAUCCAUGAGUUCACUGCCAUGGGCCUGCUGGACGGCAGGAUGAUUGACUAUUAUGACAAUGAUGAAGAGAAGAAAAUUCCCAAACAGGACUGGAUGAGAGAGCGACUUGAUCCUUAUUAUUGGGAAAAAGGCACGCAGUCCAGACGGAGCAAACAGCAGUGGUUCAAGGUCAACUUCGACAUCCUGAUGAAAAGAAUGAAUCAGAAUGAGUCGGACAUCCAUGUUUUCCAGUGGAUGCAUGGCUGUGAAGGUGAAGUUCAGUCUGACGGUUCGCUGAAGUUUGUCCGUGGCAUUAACAAGUACAAUUAUGAUGGAAAUGACUUCUUGUCCUUCGACGAUGCAAACCAAGUUUGGGUCGCUCACGUAGAUGCAGCAAUAGAAACUAAGAGGAAGUGGGAUCAAGUUCCGGUCCUUCAAGAAUAUAUCAAAGGCUACCUGGAGUUUGAGUGUAUAGAAUGGCUGGGAAAGUUCAUGGAAUAUGGAAAAAAGCAUUACGAAGCACUUCCACCUGAUGUUUUCCUGUUUACAAAGGAAGCCAAAGAGGAAGCACAUAUAGUUUUGGAGUGCAUGGCCACAGGUUUCUAUCCUAAAGACAUCGUCCUGCAGAUUAGAAGGAAUGGUCGUGUCCUCACUAAUGAGGACGAAUUGCAGACCACUGGAGUUCGUCCAAAUGAAGACCACACCUUUCAGAGAAAAGACAGUGUGGAGGUUCUGAAGUCUGACAUGUCUGAUUACACCUGUGAAGUCAUUCAUAAAGCCUCUGGAGUGCGUGUGGAGAGGAAGUGGGGUUCUAGCUCUGACAACGGGACCGAACCUGUCAGAAAUGGUAAUGCUAAUGGUGUGGGCCAACCUCUGCUCGAUCCAAACACUGGAACUCCUUCACCUCCUUCUUCUGUCUCGACUGGAACUCCUUCACCUCCUUCUUCUGUCUCGACUGGAACUCCUUCACCUCCUUCUUCUGUCUCGACUGGAACUCCUUCACCUCCUUCUUCUGUCUCGAAAACACAUUCCCUGAUUUACAUCUACACGGCCUUCUCCAAACCUGUGGGACUUCCAGGCAUCCAUGAGUUCACUGCCAUGGGCCUGCUGGACGGCAGGAUGAUUGACUAUUAUGACAAUGAUGAAGAGAAGAAAAUUCCCAAACAGGACUGGAUGAGAGAGCGACUUGAUCCUUAUUAUUGGGAGAAAGGCACGCAGUCCAGACGGAGCAAACAGCAGUGGUUCAAGGUCAACUUCGACAUCCUGAUGAAAAGAAUGAAUCAGAAUGAGUCGGACAUCCAUGUUUUCCAGUGGAUGCAUGGCUGUGAAGGUGAAGUUCAGUCUGACGGUUCGCUGAAGUUUGUCCGUGGCAUUAACAAGUACAAUUAUGAUGGAAAUGACUUCUUGUCCUUCGACGAUGCAAACCAAGUUUGGGUCGCUCACGUAGAUGCAGCAAUAGAAACUAAGAGGAAGUGGGAUCAAGUUCCGGUCCUUCAAGAAUAUAUCAAAGGCUACCUGGAGUUUGAGUGUAUAGAAUGGCUGGGAAAGUUCAUGGAAUAUGGAAAAAAAGCAUUACGAAUUCCACCUGAUGUUUUCCUGUUUACAAAGGAAGCCAAAGAGGAAGCACAUAUAGUUUUGGAGUGCAUGGCCACAGGUUUCUAUCCUAAAGACAUCGUCCUGCAGAUUAGAAGGAAUGGUCGUGUCCUCACUAAUGAGGACGAAUUGCAGACCACUGGAGUUCGUCCAAAUGAAGACCACACCUUUCAGAGAAAAGACAGUGUGGAGGUUCUGAAGUCUGACAUGUCUGAUUACACCUGUGAAGUCAUUCAUAAAGCCUCUGGAGUGCGUGUGGAGAGGAAGUGGGGUUCUAGCUCUGACAACGGGACCGAACCUGUCAGAAAUGGUAAUGCUAAUGGUGUGGGCCAACCUCUGCUCGAUCCAAACACUGGAACUCCUUCACCUCCUUCUUCUGUCUCGACUGGAACUCCUUCACCUCCUUCUUCUGUCUCGACUGGAACUCCUUCACCUCCUUCUUCUGUCUCGACUGGAACUCCUUCACCUCCUUCUUCUGUCUCGACUGGAACUCCUUCACCUCCUUCUUCUGUCUCGAAAACAUGCUCCCUGAUUCACAUCUACACAGCCUUCUCCAAACCUGUGAAACUUCGAGGCAUCCUUGAGGUCACUGCCAUGGGCCUGCUGGACGGCAGGGUGAUUGAUUACUAUGACAGUGAGAUAAAGAAGAAAAUUCCCAGACAAGAAUGGAUGAAAGAGCGACUUGAUGCUAAAUUUUGGGAAAAAGGCACACAUUACAGACAACAAAAGCAGCAGGAGCUCAAGGAUAUAAUCAAGUUGCAGAUGAAGAGAAGGAAUCAGAAUGACUCGGAUAUCCAUGUUCUUCAGUGGUUUCAUGGCUGUGAAGGUGAAGUUCAGUCUAACGGCUCAGUGAGGUUUCUCCGUGACAUGGACAAGUACUAUUAUGAUGGAAGUGACUUCAUUCCAAUUGAUGAUACAAAUCGAGUUUGGGUCGCUCACGGAGAUGCAGCAAUAGAAACUAAGAGGAAGUGGAAUACAGUUACAGUCCUUAAAGAAAAUACCAAAGGCAACCUGGAGUUUGAGUGUAUAGAAUGGCUGGGAAAGUUCAUGGAAUAUGGAAAAAAGCAUUACGAAGCACUUCCACCUGAUGUUUUCCUGUUUACAAAGGAAGCCAAAGAGGAAGCACAUAUAGUUUUGAAGUGUCUGGCCACAGGUUUCUAUCCUAAAGACAUCGUCCUGCAGAUCAGAAGGAAUGGUCGUAUCCUCACUAAUGAGGACGAUUUGCAGACCACUGGAGUUCGUCCAAAUGAAGACGACACCUUUCAGAGAAAAGACAGUGUGGAGGUUCUGAAGUCUGACAUGUCUGAUUACACCUGUGAAGUCAUUCAUAAAGCCUCUGGAGUGCGUGUGGAGAGGAAGUGGGAUCCUAAAGAUGAUGACAAUGGAGCCAUUAUUGGUGCUAUAGUAGGUGUAGUUGUGCUGCUUGUGAUUGCUGUUGUGGGAGUGGUGCUUUACUUAAGGAAACGAGGUAAUGCUAACGGUGUGGGUCAACCUCUCAUCAAUCCAAACGCUGGAAUCCCCUUAUUUGCCUUCUGUCCCAGUUCUAGCUCUGGCAACGGGACCGAACCUGCCAGCAGUGGCAAUGGCCCUGACAAAAUGGACGAAAUAGAAAUGAAGAAAUAAAACAACAAAACGACUGUAUAAUGUGGCACUAGCUCCCUCUAUGCACGAUGGAACUGAGUCAGAGCUGUGAGCCGUUCAUUUGUGAGCCAUUCUUUUUAUAUACAAAUUUUCUACAUUGCCUUCAUUACAUUUGUGACAUCAUAGAAGUCUGAUGUCCAACACGCUCCAUUCAUGUGAAGCAUCUAUGGGCGGAGAGUAUUGUUCGGAAACAAAUAUUGUGAGUUCUAUCCAAAACAUUUACUAGAAUUUGCACUGAAUGCUCAGGUUUAUCCUUUUUUAAAAUCUCGUAUAGUAUAUUUUAUUUAGGUCCAUAUUUUGAUUGUUUGUCAUAGAAUGUUUGGUGUGCAGAAUGUUACAAUAAACAGUGGUUGUGUACUA